GCGAGGGUGGAGGAGGAGAGGCGGCGCUGCUGCACGGCGCAGGGAGGGCGGCUUGCUCCGUGCACUGUCUGUGUGCGGUGGCAGAUUGCAAGCGCUUCAUCUCCACGUUGUGGAGCGAGCGAGCAAGAGAGAGAGAGAGAGAGAGAGAGGCAACUGGCGCAUUGGAAAACAUAACUCAAACACGCUCCCCUCUCUCUCCCACAUACUCAAAACAACCCAGCAGCCACGCCGAUUCAGCUCAGCUCAACUCAGCUCCCUCCGCCGGUGGCCGGGCUCCUUUUGGAAAGCCUCUUGGCGCACAGAAUCAUGAGGGUCUGAACGGAAUGUCUGUGGAUGAGAAGCCUGAAUCACCCAUGUAUGUGUAUGAGUCAACAGUGCAUUGUACAAAUAUCCUCCUGUGCCUCAAUGACCAGCGCAAGCAGGAUAUCCUCUGCGAUGUGACCGUACUGGUGGAGAGGAAGGAAUUCCGUGCUCACCGCGCUGUCCUAGCUGCGUGCAGCGAAUAUUUCUUACAGACUUUGAUUGGGCAAACAGAACAUGAACUGGUUAUCACUCUGCCUGAGGAGGUCACCGCCAGAGGAUUUAGCCCAUUGUUGCAGUUUGCCUACACUGCUAAGCUAUUACUCAGCAGAGACAACAUUCAAGAGGUCAUGCACUGUGCUCAAGUCCUGCACAUGCACAAUCUGGAGGACUCCUGCUUUCGUUUUCUUGAAGCUCAGCUCUUUAAUGAGAAAGAUGGUUUCAUCUUUUACACCAAGAUGUCAACUUUCCAGCAGUCCGUUGAACAAGAAGAUGGUAACUCUGAAGGCGAGGAAGAGCACAUGCAGUCUGAGACUCAUAAGAUCACCUGUUCGAAGGAAAGAAUGUGUGAUGAGACCCUUGGGUGUGAGGCAUCUCCAAGGUUAUCUGAGAAGGAACCAGCUGUGAUAUCCAUUCCCGUUACAUCAAGUGAUGAUAUGGGACGCUGCCCGAAAUACAGGAAAUACCAACUGGCUUGCACAAAGCAUAUCAAUAGCACACCACAUACUAGUACCUCAGGUUUUCAAAGCACAUUUAAAGAAGACCGCCCAGUCCAUGCCCAAACCCAAGGAUACAACAAGGCACAGAUAAAAAUUGAACCACAUGCACCAGAAACUGCCGGAGAAAAGCAUUUGUCUGGAGUUGAAUCCAAUGCAAUGGAGCAUGCUAUAAUGGAUAAGGAAAUGGAUCUUAAACAGUUGAGUCCAAUGUGUGUUGAUAGACCUAAAAGUAGAACGCCCCCUUGUUCAAGAUUCAUAAAAAAGACUGAUAUAGAAUCUACUGAGAGACAAAGUCCACUGCAACAAGCCUUCAACACCAGAACAUCUUGUUCCCUUGAAGAGGGAAUGACUCAGGGUGACCUCAAAACAGAAUACAGGCCUUACAGUGCGAACUCUGGACUGUCUUGCACACCUCAAAAAGAUUGCAGUAGCUUUAUUGCUGGACCAUCUUGUGAAGUGAUUUGCAAGCAAGAACUGGAAUCAGACAGAAAGAGCGUAAUAUUUUCUUCUGGUACCUUGGACACUCCUGCUGCACAUUCAUAUCCUGGUGGGAGUUCACUAGAAAGUGAGCUCACUGAACAUGUGCCAAAGGGUUUGUGGACUGGCACUAGCCAGUCGCUCCCAUGUUCACAGACUUGUCCUUCUACUGGACUUUCAAUGGAGCCUUUAUUACCAAUUCGAUCCACUUGUAACACCAGCUGCCCAGUGCCAAUUAAAGUGUGCCCCCGAUCCCCUCCAUCUGAGACCAGAACUAGAACCUCAAGUUCCUGCUCCUCCUACUCUUUUCCAGAAGAUGGAAGUGGUGGUUCUCCUUGCAGUUUGCCUCAGUUUGAGUUGUCCACUUCUCCCUGCUCACAAGGAACGCGCUUUCUAUCUACAGAGCAGCAAGACCUCAGCAUGAUGGGAGAUGCAAUGUACAGUCAAUGUAAACCACCAUUAAAAUGUGAACAGUCCUACGUCACCAACUCAAGCGAUGAAUCUGGGUCAUUUUCAGAAGGGGAUAGUGAAUCAUGCUCAACUCGAGAGAGAGGAAAUGAGAUUAAACUCCCCUUUCCAAUAGAUCAAAUCACAGAUCUUCCAAGGAAUGAUUUCCAAAUGAUGGUAAAGAUGCACAAAUUAACCUCUGAGCAGUUAGAGUUUAUUCACGAUGUCCGCCGGCGCAGUAAAAAUCGGAUUGCAGCCCAGCGUUGUCGGAAGCGAAAACUCGAUUGCAUUCAAAAUUUGGAAUGUGAAAUUCAAAAGUUGCUUUGUGAAAAAGAAAAGUUACUGACAGAAAGGAACCAGCUGAAUGCUUGCAUGGGAGAACUGUGGGAUAAUUUCUCAUGCCUUUGCCAAGAAGUGUAUGGCGAUGUCCAGUUAAGUCCAGAGCAAAUGCAGUCAUUACACAAGUUUUGUCCAGUCUUUAGGCCAAUGGAUGAACCUGCAGCCACGGGCAGCACCGCCUCACCCCCUGAUGGAUUAGAACAGAAGUUUCUGAAAACGCAGUGCACUGGAGAUGGUAUGCAAUGUUGCUCAGAGCAAGGAGGAUCCCAUCAUCAAGAUCAAUGGUCACGUAGCCACAAUGCAGAAGUAUGCACAUCAGGAAAUAUGCAGGGGCUGCUUGACCAAGGAACAUGCUCGGAGAAGAGGCCCUCAUUUGAACAGUGCAGUCAAACUGUGACGGUAGAUUUCUGCCAGGAAAUGACUGAUAAAUGUACAACUGAUGAACAGCCUAGGAAAGACUGCACCCAGUGACUGACUCGUUCUUCCCUUUUUUUUUGUUUUUCUUAACGUAAGCAGGAGGUUCACUUGAUCAGGAUGCAGACAGCAUUCAUCUGUUGAUGCUUUUCUCUUUGAUGCACACUACAACAGUCUUAAACUGCAGCAAUACUCUGUCCAGGUAUUACUCCUCAGAUCAGCUGAGGUUUAUCCUUACAUUGGUGCUAUACCUUGCUUGUGCAGGGAACUUGACAGUGAUAAUGACGCUGUUAUUUUGUUAUGAUUAUUAAUUAUUGUUGUAAGGAGUUUGACCUUCAUUCUCAAAAAGGAAUGAGUCAGGCAGCAUCUCAUUUUACCUUGAAGGACCCUACUAAUACUCAGUUAAAUCUUUCAGCAAGCUCGGUGGCCCAUGUCACACGCCAACUCAGGAAAUCUUCUGAAUGUUCAACAUGACUCAGUAACAUUAAAGAUGGUUUCUCAUCUGACAUCUGCAUACUGUAAAUGUACUCCUGCAUCCUCUGUUUUAAUUCAUUAGAAUACUGGAACUCUGUGUUUGCCUUGUACAAAGAAUCUGGUUACAACAUUCCCAUUUUGCCUUCUGCAGAACCUGACCGAAACUUUUAAGAAAUUAGACAGUUAGAUUUUCACACUUGAGCAAUAUCACCUUCUUUGUACUUAAGAAAAAAGAAAAAAAAGAUUUGAAAUGUAAUUUAUGUAAAUUGAAUUUGUAAGACACCUCUGGCACUCCUUUGAAGGUGCCUUUUGAGCAGGGAAGAUCUGUUGUUAUUGCUGAUGUAGAACAGUGAUGGUCAAAACUGCCGCUUGCACUGUGUCCGUCAUUGGGUUCUUUGCUUUACCAUCUGAUGCAUUACACAGUUUUGUUUAAAAACAAAAUGAGAAAGUAUUCAGUGAGAUGGGGUCAGGCCAUGUCCCUUCCCAACCCAAACAUUGAGAGGUGAUACUUGCUACAGCAGCUGCUACGAUCAAGAGUUGUGCAGUGACCAAUAACAGCUUUUGUAAAUUUGGCUCUUGGUAUUUGUAUUCACCAGUGUUUCCAUUUUUAACUCUAAUGUUCAGCCAUAAUUAUCAUUGUCUAAUGAAACUUAUGCUUUGAGACUAGGUUUAACACUGAAGCGCAGGGAUAUCAAUGCAUAGGCCACUGAAUCUAAAAUACCGUAUGAGCAAACUCUUUGGAAAAGAAUUUUUUUACAUCACUUGAACUUUCAUACAAUUUUGAUUUUCUUUUUUUUGCUUUUAUAAUGUCCCUAGAAACAAGCUUUUAUGGAGAGUAAAAUGGCAAACUGUUCUUUGGUCCUGCUGCCACACUAUCACUAAGUCAGUGACUUACUCCAAAUCUCCCUUUGAAUUUGCGCCUCUCCUCCCCACUCUCUCUCUCACUCCUCUCUCACUCUCCCUUGCUCUCCCUCGCUCUCUCGCUCUCUCCCUAGUUAUUUGUGAAAAUAACUCUCUUUCCCAAUCAUUUGUGAAACAAAGAUCAUCAACCAUUGGAUCUAUUUACUGCCAUCCUAUUUGGAUUUGCACUUUGUGCAUAAACCUCUGCAUAAGAGGGCUUCACAGCUUUACUGAAGGGAAGAUGUAUCACAAGGGACCAGGUGACACUUUUGUCUUGAAGCUUUCUAUACACUCAUCUUUGUAUUUUGGUUUAUUAAAUCUGAUGAAUACAGAAUACACUGAUUAGCCCAAUUCAGCCAUUACAUUUCUUGGUGUUCUAAUCCAAAGAAAGCAGAGGAAUUUGCUUUCCAAGCCACAUUACAACUGUAUUGAAAUAUUUCAUUGGUUGUAAAAUAUUUGGGGGCAUACAGAGGCUGUGGAUGUAUUAGAUAACUGCAAUUUUCUUUUAAGUUAUUGGGGUGUGGAGGGUGUUCCUCAGAAGCCAUGAACAAACUAGCAAAAGUAGCUACAGCAAAGAUCACUGCUAUCAAUAUCAUAUGGCCGAACAUUCCAUUUUCCAGUUUCCUCUGUCCUUAACAAGCACACAGUAAGAAAAUGAUAAGAGCAUUCCUCCCUGGUCUCAUCUGUAAGAGCACCUGAAUUUCAAAUGUAUCACCUAGCACCCUACUUCCCCUCUUAGAUCCCAUGUAAGUUGAUGAUUGUUAACCAUUUUACUCGACCGAGGUUGCAUUUAAACAGAAUUCUGCAUUGUAUAUGCAGAACAUUUUUGCUAAAGUGCAAAAAAACCUCGUGUGUUUCUGAAACACAGUAUUUGUCCUGACAAUCACUUCCUUCCAGUCUCUUCCCAGAGGAGCCUGCAAAGAUUAGAGCAGCAGGACUGAGAUGGCAGGAGCAGGGUCUGAGAAGCAGCAGUGGGGGAGGGAUUCUGGAGUUAGAAGCAGGAGUGGGUUCCAUGUGCUAACACUAGGAGCAGGGUUCGGGAGGCUGGAAUAGGAAUGGAGUUCCAGUGGCAACAGUGGGAGCAGGCUCCUGGUGGCAACAGUAGGAAUGGGGUCCUAGAGGUGAAUACUGAGAGCAGGGUCCUAUUGGUGACACUAGGAGCAGGGUCCUGGAAGUGAACACUGGGAAUGAGAUCCCUAUGGUAACACUGGAAGUGGAAACACUAGAAACUGGGUCGUGGCAUGAUGCUGGGAGUGGGGUCCCAAUGGCAAUAAUGGGAGCAGGGCCCUGGAGCACUGGUACAAGCGUAGAACCUGAAGCUGGAACUGGAACGGAGUGCCAGUGGCAAAAACGGGAGUGGGGUCCUGGAGGUUAAAGCAGGAAUGUGGUCUCUGUCACAAGUGUGAGGUCUCAAUGGUGGCAGAAAGGGUGGGGUUCAGGAGGCAGCAUCAGGAUGAGAGCAAGGUCCCAUUGACAGCAACAGGAAGCAAGAGCAGGGUCCAGAGCAGGAGCUAUGUCCCAUAGGGUCUACUUGCCCAGUGUAAAGGAUUGUGAGGAACCAGGAAUUAGACCAGGCAGUUCAUUGAGAAGGAGUGGAAUAGAGUAAGAAUUAGACCAAAUAUUAUUAGGGAUGUUUUUUUUUAAAUGUACUUUUGUAAAGGCAAGAAUGACCUUCUCUGUUAUGCCUCUUGACGUUGGAUACAAUCUCUCUUCAAUAAAUACUAGCACCCUGUCUUCAACCAAUCCGUUUCUCUGUAAAAUUCUGGAGUGUGCCAUCAUCUCCCAAAUGCAUGUUGAACUUGUCUGGAAUUAUGUUUGAAUUCCACCCACAAAAUCCCUGUCCUGCCGCAGUACUGAAAAGGUUCUGAUCAAAGUCAGAAGUGACAUCCUUUAUGACUAUGACAUGAACUUAUCCUAUCUACUAUAUUUUGAUUGGAUUAAGAACACAGUCCCCCCACAAUGCCUUUCCAUCCUUGACUGGAUAGAUGGGAUCAGGAUUGGCUGGUUUCAUGUUUUUAUUACCUAGUCAUUGCAAGACAAUAAUCUGUAGUUGUUCCUCUUCACAGUCACUCACUGUUACCACUGGUAUCCCUUAAGGAACUUUCUUGGUUGUCCCCUAUUUUUAUCUGCAUACUACCAUCAGCAACAUCAUCCAAAAGUGGUAAUGUCCAGUCUUUGUGUGUAUGUUAACUACGCCCCCUCCAUCACCUCCCCUGUCCUUUCACUGUCCUAAAUUGUCUGACUGCACAAUACUGGAUGAGCAGAAAGUUUCCUAGAAAUGAAUAAUAGGAAGACCAAAGCCAUUGUCUUCAGUCUCCAACAUUAAAUCCAUUUUCUAGUCAUUGGCUACAACCUACUGGCUUGCAGCAUUCUCACUUAACAAAAUUAGUGUCACAGUGAUCCAAGAUGAGCUUUGGACCACAAAUGUGCAUCGUCACUGAGACUACCAAUUUCCACCUCAGUAAUGUAACCCAAUUCUGCUGUAGCUCAUCUCCAGCUGAAACUCUCAUGUAAACCUUUCAACUUACUGACCUGUGAUUCUUACACUCCUGACCA